GUUCCCUGGCCCGUGUAGUGACGUCAGGAGCGGCGGCCAUUUUCCCCUGGUCUGAGCUCCGCCUUCCUUCUAUCAUUCCCACAAGGCAGCAGGAGCAGAGAGCAGCCAUUGCUGUGUCUGGCAGCAGCAGGAUUACACCAUAGUGAAGAAGACAUUCGGUGAGCAUGAGAACCCCAGCAACCAUCCUCGUGUUGCAGGUGGACUAAGCAGGACCUAGAGCCCCAUCACGGUGCCUCCACCUCACUUACUGACUCACUGAUACAUAAGAGACACAAUGACCAGAAGAUCCUGGAACUCACCAACAAGAUCAUUCAGCUGCUGACUGUAGAGGAGGGGGAGUAUAUAGAGGAACACAGGGGUCUGUACAAGGACGUGAUGAUGGAGAAUCACCAGCCCCUAACAUCACUUGAUGGGCCCAGUAACAGAGAUACCCCAGAGAGAUGUCCCCGUCCUCUGUAUUCCCAGGAUUGUACAGAGGAGAAUCACAGGAUCCCACAGGAGGAUCAGUACAUGACUGAUAUGAAGGCAGAAGAUAUAGAGGGAGAAGAAGAGACGUAUGUGACUGAUAUGAAGACAGAAGAAAUAGAGGGAGAAGAAGAGACGUAUGUGACUGAUAUAAAGGCAGAAGAUAUAAAGGGAGAAGAAGAGACGUAUGUGACUGAUAUAAAGGCAGAAGAUAUAGAGGGAGAAGAAGAGACGUAUGUGACUGAUAUGAAGGCAGAAGAUACAGAGGGAGAAGAAGAGACGUAUGUGACUGAUAUAAAGGCAGAAGAUAUAGAGGGAGAAGAAGAGACGUAUGUGAGGGGUGAUCAGCAGUGUAAGGAGGAGGAGAUCCCUACAGAUAUCAGCACAGCAGGUGGACACACGAGCAGGAAUAUCUCAGAAGGACAUCUAAUGUUAUCCCCGGAUUGUGAAAUAAAAGAUAGCGACAGACAGGAUUCUCCAGGAGAUAACCCCAUUACCCCAAUUAUACAUCCAGCUCUAUCAGCUGAUCCCCCUGAUCCUGGGAAAUGUUCUCCUGAUCACUCUGAUAUUGGAGCAUCUGUUACAGCUCUGACAGUAGAUACAGUGUUUCCGUGUUCUAUAGAUGCCAAAUGUUUUACACAGAACACAAAGCCUAUUACCCAUCAGCCAGCUAAGGCAGGUGAGAAGCCAUUUCCAUGUUCUGAGUGUGGAAAAUGUUUUACAUACAAAUCAGCUCUUGUUACACAUCAGAGAAGACACACAGGUGAGAAGCCAUUUUCUUGCUCUGCAUGCGGGAAAUGUUUUACCCGGAACUCACAACUUGUUACACAUCAGCAAAGUCACACAGGUGAGAAUCCAUUUCCAUGUUCUGAGUGCGGGAACUGUUUUACAUACAAAUCACUUCUAAUACAUAAGAGAAUACAUACAAGUGAGAAACCAUAUUCCAGUUCUGAGUGUGGGAAUUGUUUUACAUACAAAUCAUCUCUUGGUGCACAUAAGAGAAGUCACACAGGUACAUCACCAUUUCCAUGUUCUGAGUGUGGGAAACAUUUUGCACAGAAAUCACAACUUGCUAGACAUCAGAGAAGUCACACAGGUGAGAGGCCAUUUCCAUGUUCUGACUGUGGAAAAUGUUUUAUCUGGAAAUCACAACUUGUUAGACAUCAGCUAAGUCACACAGUUGAGAGGCCAUUUUCUUGCUCUGAGUGUGGGAAAUGUUUUACACAGAAAUCAUAUCUUGUUAUACAUCACAGAAGUCACACAGGUGAGAAGCCAUUUCCAUGUUCUGAGUGUGGGAAAUGUUUUGCAGACAAAAUAGAGCUUGUUAGACAUCAGAGAUGUCACACAGGUGAGAAGCCAUUUUCUUGCUCUGAGUGUGAGAAAUGUUUUUCACGGAAAUCGCAACUUGUUAGACAUCAGCUAAGUCACACAGGUGAGGGGCCAUUUCCAUGUUCUGAGUGUGGGAAAUGUUUUGAUCGGAAAUCAGAUCUUGUUAAACAUCAGAGAAGUCACACAGGUGAGAAGCCAUUUUCUUGCUCUGAGUGUGGAAAAUGUUUUACACAGAAAUCACAUCUUGUUAUACAUCACAGAAGUCACACAGGUGAGAAGCCAUGUCCAUGUUCUGAGUGUGGGAAAUGUUUUGCAGACAAACCAGAUCUUGUUAGACAUCAGAGAAGUCACACAGGUGAGAAGCAAUUUUCUUGCUCUGAGUGUGGGAAAUGUUUUGCCCGGAAAUCACAACUUGUUAGACAUCAGCUAAGUCAUACAGGUGAGAAACCAUUUCCAUGUUCUGAGUGUGGGAAAUGUUUUGCACACAAAUCAGAUCUUGUUAUACAUCACAGAAGUCACACAGGUGAGAAGCCAUUUCCAUGUUCUGAGUGUGGGAAAUGUUUUAGACAGAAAUCACAUCUUAAGAGGCAGCAGAGCCUUCACACAGGUGAGAAACCAUUUCCAUGUUCUGAGUGUGGGAAAUGUUUUACACUGAAAUCACAUCUUGUUGUACAUAACAGAAGACACACAGGUGAGAAACCAUUUUCUUGCUCUGAGUGUGGGAAAUGUUUUACACUGAAAUCACAUCUUGUUGUACAUAACAGAAGUCACACAGGUGAGAAACCAUUUUCUUGCUCUGAGUGUGGGAAAUGUUUUACACAGAACUCACAACUUGUUACACAUCAGCAAAGUCACACAGGUGAGAGGCCAUUUCCAUGUUCUGAGUGUGAGAAAUGUUUUACACAGAAAUCACAACUUGUUACACAUCAGCGAAGUCACACAGGUGAGAGGCCAUUUCCAUGUUCUGAGUGUGGGAAAUGUUUUACACGGAAAUCAAAUCUUGUUAAACAUCAGCAAAGUCACACAGGUGAGAUGCCAUUUCCAUGUUCUGAGUGUGGGAAAUGUUUUACACUGAAAUUAAAUCUUGUUACACAUCAGAAAAGUCACACAGGUGAGAGGCCGUUUCCAUGUUCUGAGUGUGGGAAAUGUUUUACAUGGAAAUCACAACUUGUUCCACAUCAGCGAAGUCACACAGGUGAGAGGCCAUUUCCAUGUUCUGAGUGUGGGAAAUGUUUUACACUGAAAUUAAAUCUUGUUACACAUCAGAAAAGUCACACAGGUGAGAAGCCAUUUUCUUGCUCUGAGUGUGGGAAAUGUUUUACACACAAAUCACAUCUUGUUAUACAUCAGCGAAGUCACACAGGUGAGAGGCCAUUUCCAUGUUCUGAGUGUGGGAAAUGUUUUGCAAACAAAUCAGCUCUUGUUAUACACCAGAGAAGUCACACAGGUGAGAAGUGGUUUUCUUGCUCUGGGUGCAGGAAAUGUUUUACACAGAAAUCAGAUCUUGUUAAACAUCAGCAAAGUCACACAGGUGAGAGGCCAUUUCCAUGUUCUGAGUGUGGAGAAUGUUUUUCACACAAAUCACAUCUUGUUAAACAUAACAGAAGUCACACAGGUGAGAAGCCAUUUACAUGUUCUGAGUGUGGGAAAUGUUUUACACGGAAAUCACAACUUGUUACACAUCAGCGAAGUCACACAGGUGAGAGGCCAUUUCCAUGUUUUGAGUGUGGGAAAUGUUAUACACAAAAAUCAAAUCUUGUUAGACAUCAGCAAAGUCACACAGGUAAGAGUGUGUCUCCACCUAAGAAGAGGUUAUGUAAGAAAAGGCACAAGGACAUGCAGUGUGCAGCUUGUGACAAAAUCUUUUCAGCUGCUGAAAAUGUUAAAUUCUGUGAGGAAUGUAUACAGAGUGAAUCUCAGGAGACUGUGCAGUCCAAGCAAAUAAGAGAUUUAAUGAGAUGGAUGAAGGAGUCUUUUGUUACCAAAGAGCAGCUCUCGGAAUUCCAAGGGAAUAAAAGGGCUAGGUCUUUUGAUAGAAUUGAUUUAGGGGAUGAGUCAGGUUCUCAGGAUUUUGCUUAUGAUGAUUAUCUGGCUGCUUCUAGUGCUGAGUCGGUGGACGAGCAGGAAGAAGAGAGAAAGUUUAAUUUGGAGCUGGGGGAUAGUCUUCUGAAAGAUAUCUUUAAGACUAUGAAUUAUAAGAUGCCUGAAGAGGAAUGUAAUGAUGAGGAUAUUCUGUUCUGUGAUAAAACCAAAAGGAACAGGGUCUUUCCAGUCCAUAAAGCAUUAAAAGAUGUUGUGAGUAAGGAGUGGAAAAGCAUUGAUAAAAAGCUGGGUAAUACUAAAAGGCUUGAUCGUAUGUUCCCAGUGGAAGAUGAGCAGUUUACUAAUUGGUGUGCAAUCCCUAAAGUUGAUGCUGCAGUCGCAGAGAUGGUAUCAAAAACCACCAUUUUGUUAGAAGAUGGCGCAGUCUUAAAAGAUGGUAUGGAUAAACGCAUGGAGAGUGCGUUAAAGAAAUUGCAUAUGUCCUCAGCAAUAUCACUAAAAUCCGGUGUGGCGGUAGCAUCUGUUGCUAGAGCGUUGAGAGUCUGGGGGUCAGUAUUGGCGACUGAUAUAGAAGGAGGUGAUAUGGAUAAGUGA